CAGAGACAGACAGCUCGUUUAACCCGUCCGUCAGCCGUCAACUGGCGCGUUCACACACUUUUCCGCGCGCGCGUGCGUGAGUGUGUGCGCGUGUUAGUCAGUCUGUCUGUCUGUGUGUGUGUUGGAGAAAAAUCAGACCCAGAGAUCAGAUGGAUUUAUGAAUCGGAUGACGGCGCGGGGUUCCAGAUGUGCGCGCGACUCCGGUGUGCAGCGUGAUGCUGAGAGAGCGGCACCAUGCUGGAAGUCAGUGACAUCCUCGCAGUGCCAGCGCUGUGCCAGGACACAGAGAGGUGGCACAAACACCGGGGGGCGCUGCUCGACCCUCUCUUACCUCACACGGGCAGCAGUGAUGCCCUCUACCCUGCACAGGAGGGGGGGCCGGGGCCGAUGGAGGGGCCGCCAGGGGUCAGCGCCAUUCUCUUCACCCGCAGGAGAGGAGGACUUAUCGAGCAGAGGGACAUUGUUAAAGCUCAUCAGGCUCACAAGAUACAGAGCACACCACAGGCACGACGCAAAGAGUGGGAAAUGGCUCGAUUCGGGGACGCGGUGCCGCCGGGGCACGGCGUGCUGGACGGCGGAUCGGAGCGCAGCAGGACUCGGGAGCCUCCUUCAUCCUCCACCGGCGGAGUUUCACCGGUUUUCAAGCAGCAGACCAAAGCGCAGCGCGCGCGCACCAUGGCCCUGUACAACCCCAUCCCGGUCCGUCAGAACUGCUUCACCCAGAACAGGUCACUCUUCAUCUUCAGCGAGGACAACGUGGUGCGGAAGUACGCCAAGAGAAUCAUAGAGUGGCCGCCGUUCGAGUAUAUGAUCUUAGCCACCAUCAUCGCUAACUGCAUCGUCCUGGCACUGGAGCAGCAUUUACCUGGAGAGGACAAGACGCCCAUGUCAAAGAGACUGGAGAAAACGGAGCCGUACUUCAUCGGGAUGUUCUGUUUCGAGGCGGGGAUAAAGAUCGUGGCUCUGGGCUUUGUGUUCCAUAAAGGCUCGUACCUGAGGAACGGCUGGAACGUCAUGGACUUCAUCGUGGUGCUCAGCGGGAUCCUAGCCACAGCAGAAGCUCACAUGAACAUCCCGGUUGAUCUGAGGACGUUACGAGCCGUCCGAGUUCUGCGGCCGCUCAAACUAGUGUCAGGAAUUCCAAGUCUGCAGAUUGUUCUGAAGUCCAUCAUGAAGGCAAUGGUUCCUCUGCUGCAGAUCGGCUUGUUGUUAUUUUUUGCCAUUUUAAUGUUCGCCAUCAUCGGCCUCGAGUUCUACAGUGGCCGCCUACACAAGACCUGCAUCCCUGAUCCUGAUAUACUGGAGAACGAGACGGUUUCGGACAAGGUGGCGGAGUUUCCCUGUGGAGUCCGUGCGUGUCCUCUUAAAUACAGCUGUACUGAGUCAUGGAUCGGUCCGAACUACGGAAUCACGCAGUUCGACAACAUCCUGUUCGCCGUCCUCACCGUCUUCCAGUGUAUCACCAUGGAGGGCUGGACCACCGUCCUCUACAACACCAAUGAUGCAUUAGGGUCCUUGUGGAACUGGUUGUACUUCAUCCCCCUCAUCAUCAUCGGCUCCUUCUUCGUGCUCAACCUGGUACUGGGAGUUCUGUCAGGAGAGUUUGCUAAGGAGAGAGAACGUGUGGAGAACCGGAGAGCUUUUAUGAAGCUCAGACGUCAGCAGCAGAUUGAAAGAGAACUGAAUGGAUAUCGAGCUUGGAUUGACCGAGCAGAGGAAGUGAUGCUGGCAGAGGAGAAUAAGAACUCAGGUCCUUCAGCUCUGGAUGUGUUAAAGAGAGCAACCACAAUCAAGAGAAGGGGUGUGGACAGCAUCCGCCAUGGUCAUGAAGAGCAGUGUGUGGACAUCGCUUCAGUCGGUGGGCCGUUGAACAGGGUGAGUAUACGCAGCGCUAAGCGAGGGCCCACGGCGUAUUUCCGGAGGAAAGAGAGGAUGUUGCGGAUCUCCGUCAGGCGCAUGGUGAAGACACACACAUUCUACUGGACCGUGCUGGGCCUCGUCGCCUUAAACACCAUCUGUGUGGCCAUCGUUCAUCACAACCAGCCUAAAUGGCUCUCCGACCUCCUCUAUUACGCAGAGUUUCUGUUCUUGGGUCUGUUCCUGACGGAGAUGUUCCUGAAGAUGUAUGGUCUCGGACCUCGCCUUUACUUUCACUCCUCCUUCAACUGCUUUGACUUUGGAGUGAUUGUUGGUAGUAUCUUUGAGGUGAUCUGGAGUUUCUUCAGACCAGAGAUGAGUUUUGGGAUCAGUGUCCUGCGUGCGCUCCGACUGCUGAGGAUCUUCAAAAUUACCAAGUACUGGGCAUCUCUAAGGAACCUGGUAGUGUCUUUGAUGAACUCUAUGAAGUCCAUCAUCAGUUUGCUCUUCCUCCUCUUCCUCUUCAUCGUGGUUUUUGCUCUGCUGGGAAUGCAGCUGUUUGGGGGAAGGUUCAUCUUUGAGGAAUUCACUCCUACCAACUUUGAUACGUUUCCAGCUGCCAUAAUGACCGUGUUCCAGAUCCUUACAGGAGAGGACUGGAAUGAAGUGAUGUACAAUGGGAUUCGCUCUCAGGGUGGAGUUAAGUCUGGAAUGUGGUCUUCCAUUUACUUCAUCGUCCUCACCUUGUUUGGAAACUACACACUUCUCAACGUCUUCUUGGCUAUCGCUGUGGACAAUUUAGCCAACGCUCAAGAGCUCACCAAGGAUGAAGAGGAGGAAGAGGAAGCGUUUAAUCAGAAACACGCUCUACAGAAAGCGAAGGAGGUCGGCCCCAUGUCGUCCUUCAUCUCCUCAGAGAGGAGGAGACGGCCGUAUCUGUACAGGAAGCGUGUGCUGAUCCACCGCGGCCGCACCGCUUUCUCUCUGGAGGAGUCGGACAGUUUCGGCGACGCUCCUCCACUCAAUCCCUCUCGCUCUUUCAUGUCCAGGAGAGAAAGACGCCGCCGUCUGACCAUGUCCGUGUGGGAGCAGAGGACCAGCCAGCUCCGCCGCCAUCGCCAAACGUCUAGCCGAGAAAUAAUCUAUGGCUCAUCUGCGUGUCACCAUCGGAAACUCGCGCACUCCACGGAGAUCCCGCCCUCGCCGGAGAUCAGCUCCGCCCUCGACCCUUUGGAGUCUCUGGAGCCAUCCAUGGAGGAACAGAAUGCCUCCGUCCCGCUGCCGGAUCCUCCAGAAUCUGAAAACUCGAAACGUGCCAGAGAUCUGUACGGAAACACUGCGCACACACACUCUCACACACAGAUCAACACCACUCAGGAGCUGCUGGAUCCUCUAGACCCGGCACAGGAAGAGCAGAAUAUCGAUAACACACAGUUACCCGGAAACGGCUCCGAGGAAUUUCAGGAUAAAAACCACCUGAGCGUCCGGAGGCCAAACGGCGAGCGGAGACAACGAGGGACGCGGAAGUACAGCAAAAACACCAAACACGGCAAACACAGAACCUCAGAAACACAACAUCAACGGCAUGACGAGACGAACGUGGACGAGCGCAGCCGCUCCACCAGCCGAGAGCGGAGGACCAGAAACGAAGGCGAGGAAGAAGAGGAGGAGAGUAACGAUGAUGGAGGCGUCCAUCAGAGUGAAAGUACCCCUGAGGACUGGGAUCUGGCCGCAGACUCGGCGCCGGCGACGCUCCAGAUCACCGACAGCACCACGCUGGAGUCCGUAGUCACCUGUAAAGCCGCCACUGAGGGAGAAAACAACAACAACCAGGACAAAAGCUCUCUCUACACCAACGUAGUGAUGGAAGACACCGACACCUCACCAGGGCUGGAGCUCUCCACCAUCACAAAUCUGGAGGCUUCAAAAUGUGAGAAGGAAGAUGAGGAAGCAGCGAAUCGUUCCAGAACUCCACCAGACAGCAUGUUCAUCUUCAAACCCCACAAUCCGAUCCGGAGGGCGUGUCAUUAUGUGGUUAAUCUGCGUUAUUUUGAAAUGUGUAUCCUGUUGGUCAUCGCUGCGAGCAGUAUUGCUCUGGCGGCCGAAGAUCCGGUGGCUACAAACUCCGACUGGAAUAAAGUGCUGCGUUACUUUGAUUAUGUUUUCACGGGAGUGUUCACCUUCGAGAUGAUCAUUAAGAUGAUUGAGCAGGGUCUGAUCCUUCAUGAUGGCUCUUAUUUCCGUGAUCUGUGGAACAUUCUGGAUUUCAUCGUGGUGGUUGGUGCGCUGGUGGCAUUUGCUCUCACGAAUGUACUGGGGAAUAAUAAAGGUAGAGACAUUAAAACCAUCAAGUCUCUGCGAGUGCUGCGAGUUCUCCGGCCGCUGAAGACCAUUAAACGACUUCCUAAACUAAAGGCGGUGUUUGAUUGCGUGGUCACGUCUCUGAAGAACGUCUUUAACAUCCUGAUCGUCUAUAAGCUCUUCAUGUUCAUCUUCGCCGUCAUCGCUGUCCAGCUGUUCAAGGGCAAAUUCUUCUACUGCACUGACGGCUCCAAGAACACAGAGAAAGACUGUCAUGGUUAUUACAUCGACUACAAUAAAGAUAAGAAGGAGGUGAAGAAGCGCGAGUGGAAGAGACACGACUUUCACUACGAUAACGUGAUCUGGGCGUUACUCACACUCUUCACCGUCUCUACAGGAGAAGGCUGGCCUCAAGUCCUCCAGCACUCAGUGGACGUGACAGAUGAGAAUCAGGGUCCGAUUCAAGGGAACCGGAUGGAGAUGUCCAUCUUCUACGUCAUUUACUUUGUGGUUUUCCCGUUCUUCUUUGUCAACAUCUUCGUCGCUCUUAUCAUCAUCACCUUCCAGGAGCAAGGAGACAAGAUGAUGGAGGAGUGCAGCCUGGAGAAGAACGAGAGGGCGUGUAUUGACUUUGCGAUCAGCGCUAAGCCGCUAACACGCUACAUGCCUCAGAACCGUCACACUGUCCAGUAUCGACUCUGGCACUUUGUGGUGUCACCUUCGUUUGAGUACACAGUGCUGACCAUGAUCACACUCAACACCAUCGUCCUCAUGAUGAAGUAUUAUUCAGCUCCUCCUGUAUACGAUGCUGUACUGAAGCACCUCAACACUGCCUUCACUGUGCUCUUCUCUAUUGAAUGUGUUCUCAAAAUCCUGGCCUUUGGUUUUAUGAAUUAUUUCAGAGACACGUGGAAUAUAUUCGAUUUCAUCACUGUCCUUGGAAGCAUCACGGAGAUUGUGGUUGACCAGCAGUCUGCUUCGUUUAACAUGAGCUUUCUGAAGCUGUUCCGAGCGGCUCGGCUCAUAAAACUGCUCAGGCAGGGAUACACCAUCCGCAUCCUCCUCUGGACCUUCGUCCAGUCCUUCAAGGCUCUACCGUACGUGUGUUUACUCAUCGCCAUGCUCUUCUUCAUCUACGCCAUUAUCGGCAUGCAGGUUUUUGGGAACAUUAAGCUGAAUGAGGAAGCUUACAUCAACCAACACAACCACUUCAAAACCUUCUUUGCCGCCUUGAUGUUACUCUUCAGGAGUGCAACAGGUGAGUCGUGGCAGGAAAUCAUGUUGGCGUGUUUAGGAGGUAAGGACUGUGAAGCCGAUCCGACUCUCCCCCCGUCAUCUGAACCUAAAGGAGAAUGUGGCACUGACUUCGCUUACUUCUACUUCGUCUCCUUCAUCUUCUUCAGCUCCUUCCUGAUGUUGAAUCUGUUUGUUGCAGUGAUUAUGGAUAAUUUUGAGUAUUUGACGCGAGACUCCUCUAUACUCGGUCCUCAUCACCUGGAUGAGUUUGUGAGGAUGUGGGGACAAUAUGACCGAGCGGCCUGCGGCAGGAUCCACUAUAAGGAAAUGUACAAAGUAGUGCGUGCUAUAUCGCCCCCUCUGGGUUUUGGGAAGAAUUGCCCCUACAGGGUGGCAUGCAAGAGGCUGGUGCUGAUGAACAUGCCGGUGGACGGAGAGAUGACGGUCCACUUCACAUCCACUCUGAUGGCUCUGAUCCGCACUGCACUGGAGAUCAAAAUUGCACGAGGUGGAGAAGACCGUGGACAGAUGGACAUUGAGCUUCAGAAAGAGAUCAGUGUCAUUUGGCCGCAUCUCUCCCAGAAGACACUAGACCUGCUUGUGCCCAUUCAUAAAGCGAGCGACAUGACGAUCGGGAAGAUCUACGCCGCCAUGAUGAUCAUGGAUUAUUACAAACAGAGCAAAGCUAAAAAACUCCGACAGCAGCUGGAGGAACAAAAACACGCCCCGAUGUUCCAGCGCAUGGACGCCUCGUCGUUACCGCAGGAAAUUCUGUGCAGUGCUAAAGCUCUACCAUUCCUCACACACAGCGCAGGAAAUGCUCUGACGAGAGGUGGCUUCGUGGCCCUGAGUCCCAUUUCACCUCAGGAACUUUUCAUGCAGCCAAUCACACCUGAGCAAAAGGACAGGGAGGGGGAGGGGGAGGGGGAGGGGUACACACCCCACUACGGACCCCAACACUCCCCCAGCACGGUGAACCCAGAGAACAAACUGAUGAAGCGCUCCUUCUCCACCAUCGGAGAUCAGUGUGUGAACGGAGUGUGGCAGGAAGAAUUCUCACUGGAGAGAGUGAGUCCUGACCGACUGGAGAGACCUCGACAGCGCAGCUUCAGAGGUGUCAGGUCAAACCUCAGAGAGCCAAUAUGUAAGGAGAGAGGACGCUCGAAGGAGAGGAAACACCUGCUGUCACCUGAUCCAUCACGCUGCAACUCUGAGGAGAGAAACCAACCAAGAACACACAACACACAACAUACACACACACGCUCACCCAGCGAGGGGAGAACACACACACAGGACGACACUUCAGAAGGUCCACUUCCCUCCUCAUCAGACUCCAGGGGGCGUCGCCAGCUUCCUCAGACUCCCUCCAGGCCCCGCCCACACAUCUCAUAUUCGCCUCUCGUGUGUCGCAGCCAGCUGACCACUGAGGACGGCCAAUCACGGACGCAGUCUGCUAUAGAGGGGGUGGGGUCUGUGUUAAGCCCCGCCUCCCCGCAGCGAUACACAUCAGAGCCAUACCUGCCACUGCACGAUGAUUCUAACAGUCCAGAGGAGAUGCUUACUUUUGAGGCUGCCAUAGCGACCAGUCGAGGGCGUGGACAUGUCGUAAGCUCCGCCCCUCAGUUGCGUCACACGUGGCAGAUGCCAAACGGACAUUUCCGAAAAGGCUGCGAGCUCCUCAGCGACACAGAUGAGGACGACCGCUGCUAGAGACAGUGGAGUGGAUGUGGGCGGAGCCUCGACAUGAGCCAAUCACGUCUGGACAUUUCUUACUGGCGAUUUGGCGGGACAUUUCAGAAAUGCACUGCCAAAACUAUAACAAGGCAGAGAUGUCGCUUGUCUUAUUGUACCAAAAUAACAAGAGUGGAGCUUAAGAUACAUUUUAUUUAGCCAGUUGCUAACAUAAUCAUGUGACAUCACCACAGGAGUUUAGCUAAGAUCAAACACGUCCACUGAAUUCAAUUACACAAAGCAAUUCAACCGGUCCCGCAUCGUUAGCUAACGAACGCUGAGCUCUUACUUAAUGAUAAGGAAUGAUAACAUUGGCUAGCUAAUUAACAUGAUGUCACAAGACCAUCUGCUAUUGGCUGAUGAAAUGAAGCUUAAGCUUCACACUCGUUAAACCUAGAGAAGCCUGUCAGAUGCGGAACUAUAGAGAGAUAGAAAGAAAGAAACUGACAAAGGAAAAAAUACAAAAAAAGGAGAUAUACAGAGUGACAGGAAAAGAGAGAGAGAG